AUGUCAGCUUCAAGUUCUAUACUUAAAAGGAAAACCUAUACUAUUGAAAAUGAACAAGAAUAUACAAAAAGAAGAUGUUCUUUUUCUAUUAAACACAAAAUAGAUUUUACAAGUAAUGUUGAUGGGAACAAUGAAGAAAUCAAUGAAGAAAUCAAUAAAGAAAUCAAUAAAGAAAUCAAUGAAGAAAUCAAUGAAGAAAGCAAUAAAGAAAGCAAUAAAGAAACUAAUAAGUAG